UUAAAAUAAAGAAAUAAUUGAAAAUGAAGAAAAAAUAUUUAGUGAUUUUUUUCAUCUUGCUCUUAAUUUCUGGACUAGUUGCCAAGAGAUCCUCCAGAUCGAGGAAAAAAGGAGGUUAUAGUCGAACUUCAAGGAGAUCUAGGACUUCAGGAAGCCGAUCAUCAGGUUCCUGAGCUGGCAAUACUAUGACCUGUGUUGUAAUUCCAUUAAUAUGUGCUUUUGCUUUCAUAUUUCUCAUUGGCAUCGGAAUUUUACUAUGGUGAUGGUACUCCAAGCAAAGGAAAAGAAGAAAACUAAGGUUAAUCCAAAAAGCUAAAGAUGAAGAAGAACCAUCAAAGCUACAAAAAAUGCAGAUUGACAAUGAUGCUCUGAUGCAACAGCAGAUGUAUGCUGCACAACCUGAGUAUAUAGCCAAUCCUGCAGAAAUGAUGCAACCUCCACAGCUUGACUUCCAAGGAAUCGAUAAUCAUUCGGUUCCUGUACAGUAUUUUUAUAUGAACGGAUCUAACAAAUAUAUGAACAUUAAUCUGAUGUCUGAUAACAACCCUGAAAUGCAGCUUAGGCAGGACCCCAAAGUCCCAGGAGUUAACGGUCCACCUAUUAUCACUCCAGAAGCCUUAUCUCUCAGCCCUGGUGUCCAGUACGAUCCUAUUAUCAUGCCUGCUCCAGCACAGCCUGUGCAGCCAUCUUGAGACGUUGACAAGACCUGUCUCUGCAACAAGGCCAAAUAUGAACAAGGUUCAUCCAGAGCCAAAACAACUUAUGUCAGAAGAAAGAUUAGCUGAUUAUGAAGAUAAAGAAGAUUGGUAAAAUUAAGGAAAGGAGAAUGUUUA